CACAAAGAAAAAAAAAGAACAGAGAAUUGAACCGGCGACUUCUUCUUCUCCUUCACGAUAAACCAGCGCUUGUCUUCCUCAACUUUCCUCCGUCUGUUUCGCCUCAAUCAAUAGCAACGGCACUCUCCACUCACUCAAACGCUCCAACAGGAAGAAUCCUCUUGCUAUAAAUGGGAGAGGAAUUGCAAUCGGAAGAGGGGGGAAAUAUCACCCAGAGAGCCGCGGCUCUAGGCCGCGGCAACUGAAAUUGAAGCCGCACACCAGAGGAAGAAGCAGACGGCAGCGGACCACUGCUCGCCGGCGGACGACGAUGGUGGGCAGAAACUUUUUCUUCAAGCUCCAAUCCCUUAAUUUCUUCAUCUUCUUCAACAAAGUGGUAACCCUAGCUUGUUUCUCCAAUUUGUUCUCCAAAUCUUUGUUAAGUGUUGUUUUUUUAGUUUAAUUUUUACAUUUUCCCCUUGUUUGUGUUAAUUUCAAAAAUUCCAAAAAUUGUUGGCGUUCUUUAUGGGUUUUUUAUGUUUAUAUUAAAUCCCUUGUGAAUGAGAAUUGAUUCAAACUAGUUUUUCUUCAAUUAUUGAGCAAGUUUUUGUUAAAUUGGUUGAAUUGUAUAAUUUGAUUUAAUAAGUAGGUUGGUAUGUGGAAUUCGGUUUUUGUUGAAGCUAUUUUAGCUCCAUAAGGUAGUUAAAUGAACUCCGGAUUCAUACGUGAUUCUUUGUUGUGAUUUGUGUUUGUUGAUUUUAAGGAUUUUGGACUUCUUAGCUCCAUAAGAUGAUUCAAUUUCCUUAGAAUUCGUUAUUGAGUGAUUGUUAUGUUAUCAUGUCUUUUUUUGUUGUUUUCAUUAAUUUGAGGUUGUUUAAGCUCAAAAACAAUUCUUGAUUUAUUGAAAAUAUGUUGUGUUCAUUUAUGUGAAUAGAAAAAACGUCAUUGAUUUGAGAAGUUCAUAGAAAUCUGUGAAAUGUGCUCAUCAUUAGGAGAAAAGGUUUAUUAAAAUGCAUAAGGUAUUGGCGGUUUGUGAAUAGAUUAUGCAUGAGAGUUAGAAUGAAAAAAAAUUCGCUCUUUUAUAAACUUUUUCUAUAAUGGAAGUAUGUUUUCAUGCUUGAUUGGUGAGUUGUGGUUCUUGAUUUGCCUCAUUAUGAAAUUCUUGAAUUACAUGACUCCGGGCCGUGUGGAGAGUUGAUAAUCCUCCAUAUCGUGGUUAAGGAAAUGAAUUGAAUCGGCCUUUGAUUGAUUUUUCCUAUUCUUAAGUGCGUAAGUUACGUAAUAUAUUGUCUACGUGCCUAUUAUACGUGUAAUGUUCAACUCGUGUUUGUUCUCUUUUUCAUUUUGUUUCGGGUUCUUGGUGGUGUUUCUUGGUGACAAUGUGUGUGCAUGCUUAAAUGAUUUCAAAAGUACAAUCUUUCUCCGUGGGAUCGACCCUUACUUGCCCUAGCUAUAGUUUUUAUUUGAUUAUAUCUUGGGGGGUUAGCUAAGGAUAUUUUAUAAAUUUUUAAUUUGUUUUGGACCGCACGACAAGUCCUCAACAAAUUUUGGCGCCGUUGCCGGGGAAAGUAUUGUAUGAAUCAAUUUAGUAUGUGAUUUUGUUCUUUGUUAGUAUGAAAGCAUGUCGUUGAAGUAUUUUUUUUCUACGGUUCUAAACAUUUUCACAUAUUAACAUUAUAGAAUUGAGGUUAUUUAUACAAGAACAAACUGAAAUCAGCCUAUCUUCAUGAAUUCAUCGCUGAAAGUUGUGUUUCACAUGUUGUUUUUGUGAAAUUUGUGGCCAACUUUUCAUAAAAAUUGCUUUUGAAGCCACUUUUCUACACUUUUACUUGCUGAUUUUUAAUUUUAUUAUUUAUACAUGCUAGAUUUGAAUGACAUAGGUGCUGUUUGUUCCAUAUUUUGAUAUGUGAAACGUGCAUAAGCAUAAUAUUUUGCAUUUAGUGCCAUUUUCUACCGAAGCUUUUGAUCCUUACAUGCUCUGAACUUUUGAAAUAACUGCACCUUAUAGCUAAAUACAUGUCAUUUGUGUAUGCUCAAAUGCCGAAUUUGAUCUUUCACUACUUAAAUAAGCAUUUGGAUUGAACUAAGAGCAUGUACCUUGAUGGAUACGACUUGAUUUUGAUGCAUCGUGUGCUAAAUUUGAAAAAAAAAUCUGAUUUUUGCUUGCUAAUUUUUCAAAAAAAGCUGCACUUCGUGGUUGAUUUGCAAGCUGAAUUUGUGUUCCUUUAAGUGCUUAUUUGCUUAAACUUCUUUAGGAAGUGAAUCUAAAGCUAUAACAUGAUGUCAAAAGUCUUAUUCUUGAGUAUUUGAUGUUACAUUUGCUUAAAAGUCUGAUUUAUACAUGCUGUUUUUUUUCAAGAAAUUGCACUUUUGGCUUUGUUUUCAUGCUAUUUUUGUCCUCCAAAAGUGCUGAUUUGCUUAAAUAUGAACUAUCAUUGAUAUAUCUUGUAUUGGGACAAUAUUUUGAAGCAUAUCAUGAGCUUUCUAUGCUGAUUUUGAUGCCUGAUGUGCUGAUUUUUGAGAAAACUCUGAUCUGUAGUGCUGUAUUUUGAAAAAAAUCAGCAACCUUUUUCAUUGAUAAUCUGAUUUAUUUUUAGUCCUUAAGAUGCCUACUUGCUGAAUUAUGUACUUUAAUUGUUAAAUAUAUGCAUAGGAACGGACUUGAAGGGUAUUUAGCUUGUCUUUGCAAUCUAAAUUUGACCCUUAUAUGCUGAGUUUUGAUGUCAAAGUGCAAAAAUGCAGAAAACUUUGUUUCUAAAUACUGAUUAGAAGAUUACAAUCUGCACUUGAGUUCUGAAUUUUGGCUUCCGUUUUUUUUACUUUCUUUUUUAUGUUUUAAAGAAACAUAUAUACUUUACUACUUCAUGGCUUAAGUGAAUAUUUGUUGGCAAGUAAAAUAUUGCUGCUUUUGGUGCUUGUUUAAUGGUCUAUUUUUGCUCCAUGUAUGCUUCUAACCAUUUAUUUGAGUGAAAAUGCAAGGGCUAUUAAGUUAUAGGUAGAAGUAUUCUCCUUUGCAGUGAAAGUCUGCACAGAAAUGGUGCAAAAUAUGGUUUGAAACAGCAAGUCCAGGUCCAUUGAGCACUUUAAGGAGGGAAAAGUGAUGAGUUGAUGCUGCGUAUACUUUGUUUUUUUUUUGCAUUUCCCUCUCCCCUUCUCUCUUUGCUAAGUCCGUGCUUGCCUAUUAUUGUCAUUUGCAUACAAUGCUUCAACUUCAAAUUAUCCACUCAAAGUCAAACCAAAUAAAUAUGAAAAAGAAGCAAGAGCAUGAUCACUUCAUUCAUCCAAGCAAGGAGUUAAUUUAGGAGACUAAGACGUUGAUUGAACAGUCAUAGAGUGUGUUUGUGUAAAAAUGGAUUGGAUGCUAGGUAGUGAACUGAAAUGGGAAAUGAAAUUAUAGAACAAAAAGCAAAUCACUGGCAGGGCAGGGAUUUUUGAACAUAAAGAAACUUGAUGUGUGUGUGUGUUACAAUUACCUGUGAUUGUGAUGUUUUCCCAGGAGGAUCUUCAAGAGACGGGUUUUCAUUUGAAAACAACUCUUUAUUGAUUUGUGGGUCCACGCUACCACGGCCAAAACCACCUAUUUACAGUAUUAUUCAGUAACGUGUAACUUAAAAAAGCAUGAACCUCCUAAAAAUAAGUUGCACUAACGUGACAAUGAGUACAAACAAUAGAAUGCAUCAUUAACUUCAAAUCCCGUUCUAAGAACAGAAUUACCCUUGGAGCGCCAUGCACGGGAGGUUUACACACACAAAUUUUUACUUGUUUCAAGAAGAAUUUUGGAAUGGCUUAUGCUACUGUGGUAUCCAAGGGAUGGAAUCUGUUGAAGGUCAAACAAUGAUAGCCGUAAGAGAUAAUCGUGGUGCAAAAGGGAAGUUGUACAAUAUCUGCUAUAGUGAUCUGACUGAAGAAGCUACCACAUGCUCCUGCCAUUUUUUUGUGUCACAAGGAAUCCCUUGUAGGGAUAUUCUAUCAGUUUUGAAUGGGCAAGGCCUUAGAGAGCUGCCAAAGAUUUAUAUUUUCGAUAGAUGGACAAAAUAUGCAAAGAAAAGAGCUAUUGUUGAAGGAACGGUGCAUUUUGAUGCAACAUUUAACACAACAAAGCUAGAGAAUCAAACUUUAUCUAAUAUCUGGUGCAAGUUUUACAACUGCAUGCUUCUGGCGGGGCGAGAUUGCGAGAAAUUGAAAGUGAUUUUGGAGAGUACAACUUCCCUUGAGCAUGAACUCAAUGAUAUAGGGCCAACAUGGAAAUGAUAAAAGGAAAGACUUGGAAACUUAUUUUGGAUGCAAAGUGCCUGAUAGAGUUGAAAUCCAUCCUCCUACCAUUGGAGUCACGAAGGGAAGGAAAAGGAGGAUUAAGAGUGGUGUGGAGAAGGGUCAAGAAAAACAAAAGCACACUCGACGUUGUCGUUCAUGCAACAAAAUGACUACGCAUGACAGCCGUAAUUGCCCAUUGAAAAACAACAUGUUACUUUUAAAUGUUUCAUUUUAGUUGUUUCAUUUUAACUUACGUUUAGAUUUUAAUAAUCCUUCUUUUAUAGCAAAAGCAGCAGUGAUGAAGAGUAACCAAUAUGCUCCCGUGGUUUAGCAUAUACGCUAUUAUUUAGGAUCCUGAAAGAGAGAUUACCUUGACAGUGACUAUCACCUGUUAACUUGGAAGCAAAACAACAAUGGGGAGGUUAGCAGCUACUGCUUAAAGAGUAGCAGAAGCCAAAGUUGGAAUUUCAGCUCUGUACAUGCCUACUGUUUCGUCUUAGUGUCUUUUUUAUUGCGGACUAUGCGAAAAAAUGGGGAGUUGAAUGUUUUGAGAGGUUUUAUUUUUUGGUUCACAGUUGAAAUUUAGAAAUCUUAAGACUUUUUUGCCAGGGUUUUUUUGGUUAAAAUGGAAGUGAUACUUGAUGUGUAUCAUAUUAGCACUUUCUUCUAUCUUCUAUGACUAAUAUUUAUAAACUCCAUGUCAAUUU